CACGCCGGCAUUCACUCCACUGCAAUUCACGUUAGUCCUCAGGCCGUCGUUGCCAGCAUCGCAGCCGCCACGAAGCUCCAAAUCGCUGCGGAACGGUCCAGACGGAGCAUCUGCCCGCUGCGCUGCUCCACGGAAAGAACACCUCUCAAACACGCCCUAGAGACCACGAAUAGACUCUCUCGCUAUACUCCCACAUGACCUCGAUAUAGCGGCUGCUCUUCCACCGCAACUUCCGUCCCUCCCGAUCCCCCACAUGAGCCAUGUCUGCCCCUCAUCAAUACCACCAGCCAAAUGCCCCCGACGACGAUUCUGAUCUUGAACUUGACCUCGAAGAACUCGACCCUCUCGCCUCCUCCUCGAGGGCACCCCCCUCCCCCCCCCGCCGGCAAUCAAAGGAGGACAGGAAGCCCUUCCAUGAGCUUGGCGCGAGGAUACCGCUCCGGAAUCUGAGGGUGGGCAGACUCAGAGCCAGCCGGAGAACUGCUGCCAGCCAAGAGGUAGAAGAGGACGAUCUGAGCGGGCUCAUAGAGGACGAGGGCGCUACUAAUAGAAGCUCUGGGGGCAGCUUCGGGCAGUCGGGGGAUGACGAUGUCCCCCUCCUACCCUCCAGCUACGGGCGGCGUCGCAGACAUGAGCGGGCGUCCAGUGCCCUGUCGCGACUCGGAUCAACUCUUCGACUCCCCAGCUUUUUGUCCUCGGGGUCCCGGCCGACGACCCCCAGAGAUCAGCCCCGUGAGGUCGAUCUGGAAGCCGAGGAAGAGCACGACCCGACUUCCCAGCGGACCAUAUCGGUCGGCCAACUUCAGAUCUCGCGAUUCCCCGCCAACGCCGUCUCAAAUGCUAAAUACACCCCUUGGAGUUUUCUGCCUCGGACUCUGUAUAAUGAGUUCUCUUUCUUCAUUAACAUGUAUUUCUUGCUUGUUGCGCUAUCGCAGAUCAUAAAACCCUUGCGCAUCGGUUAUCUUUCCACCUACAUCGUACCACUGGCGUUCGUUAUAUCCGUUACCCUAGGAAAGGAGGCUCUUGAUGACAUCGCACGACGGCGCAGGGACGCCGAGGCGAAUUCGGAGGGAUACACGGUCUUGAAGUUUGAGGAAAAUAGCGUGGGGAAUGGAGUUGCUCCAGGCAAGAGCUCCGACACGAAGCGGAAGGCGAAGAGAGCGAAGAGGAAGAGUGGCCGCCUAACUGAUAUUGAGGACGAAGAAGAGCGACUAUCGACUACAAUAGGGCUAGCGACCGCAAGCUUCCACGAGAUCAUCAAGCCUUCCCGAAGUCUGAAGGUUGGAGAUGUGGUCAAGCUUGGAAAAGACCAGAGAGUACCAGCCGAUAUGGUGAUAUUGAAGAGCUAUUCCCAGGAGAGUACUCCUGUCGAAAUUACAGCAGCAAGCGUGCCUGAUCCAUCGCCUACCUUGGUGGACGACGAGGCAAAUGGCCUCUUAGGCUCUGUCGAAAACCCACCGAAAGGUGAUAACAGCACCAAAGCAUCUACACCCGCGGGGGCAUCAGGGGAGGCUUUCAUCCGAACCGAUCAAUUGGACGGCGAAACUGACUGGAAGUUGCGCCUGACGUCCCCUUUAACCCAGAAUUUAGACGUGGGAGAGUUCACAAGAUUACGUGUCGUUGCCGGUAAACCUGAUAGGAAGGUCAACGAGUUCUUUGGCACAGUAGAGCUUGCCCCAAAGCGCCAGCGACAAUACGACCCUCAUGAUCAACAAGACCGGCUUACCGAAUCUCAGGCAGUCCAUUCAGCCCCCCUCAACAUCGACAACACAGUAUGGGCGAACACAGUACUUGCAUCAAGCUGUAACGUCCUAGCCGUCGUCGUAUAUACUGGGCCGCAAACUCGCCAAGCGCUCUCAACCUCACCCUCGAGAUCGAAGACGGGUCUGCUAGAGUACGAGAUUAACUCGUUGACAAAAUUUCUGUGCAUCUUCACACUCUCCUUGUCGUUCAUUCUUGUAGCUCUAGCACGGUUCCGAGAUAUUGAUGGCCGCCAUUGGUACGUUUCGAUGUUUCGAUUCCUAAUCCUCUUCUCAACCAUCGUUCCGGUCGGUCUGCGGGUAAAUCUGGAUAUGGGCAAAUCAGUGUACGCAUGGUUCAUUGAGCACGACUCGAGCAUACCUGGUACUGUUGUGCGAACCAGCACUAUUCCAGAGGAUUUGGGUCGUAUUGAAUAUUUGUUAAGCGACAAGACUGGUACACUUACUCAGAAUGAGAUGGAGAUGAAGAAGAUUCACGUCGGAACUGUCUCUUACGCCAACGAAGCCAUGGACGAGGUUUCUUCAUAUGUUCGACAAAGCUUCAAUCCUCACAGUGGGGAAGCACCAACCCUCAACACCCCAUCUUCCAUCUACACCGCCCCUCUCACUUCAGCGACCCGAACGCGGAGAGAGAUUGGGUCUCGUGUCCGUGAUGUCGUUCUAGCAUUAGCCAUCUGCCACAACGUCACCCCCACUGCCGAAGAAGAAAAUGGAGAAAUUGUCACGACAUAUCAAGCUUCAUCGCCGGACGAGAUCGCCAUCGUUCGCUGGACCGAGCAUGUUGGACUGAGGCUGUUGCAGCGAGACCGAGAAUCAAUGACCCUCCAGUCCUGUGACACCGGAAAUAUCGCCGUCCGUGUUCGCAUUCUUAACGUCUUUCCAUUUACAUCAGAAGGCAAGCGAAUGGGUAUUGUCGUCAAGUUUUACCACGGCGUGGAAUCCUCCGCAACCGACGAAGGUGGCGAAAUCUGGUUCUACCAAAAAGGAGCGGAUACUGUCAUGACGUCCAUCGUUGCAGCAAACGACUGGUUAGAGGAAGAAACAGCCAACAUGGCACGAGAAGGUCUCCGAACCCUUGUUGUCGGUCGCAAGAAACUGUCUGCACAGACUUACGAGGAGUUCUCGACCAAACAUGCUCAGGCUUCACUAGCAUUGCAUAACCGAGAUAAUGCUGUGGCGGACGUUGUCAAGGAAUAUCUCGAGCACGACUUGGAGCUUCUUGGUGUCACGGGUGUCGAAGAUAAAUUGCAGAAAGACGUCAAGCCUUCACUAGAGCUCCUCCGCAAUGCCGGGAUAAAAAUUUGGAUGCUGACGGGAGAUAAGGUCGAAACUGCCCGUUGUGUUGCGGUCAGUUCUAAGCUUGUCGCUAGAGGACAGUACGUUCAUACUAUCGCAAAGAUGAAACGAAAAGACCUCGCACACGACUCCCUCGACUUCCUCCGCGGCAAGACUGACGCCUGUCUUCUCAUCGACGGCGAAUCACUCGCUCUCAUGCUGACGCACUACCGUGAACAAUUCAUCUCCAUAGCUGUCCUCCUCCCUGCUGUUGUCGCCUGUCGUUGCUCCCCCACCCAGAAAGCCGACAUUGCAAAACUCAUCCGUGAACACACAAAAAAACGCGUAUGCUGCAUCGGCGACGGUGGCAACGAUGUCUCCAUGAUUCAAGCCGCCGACGUCGGGGUCGGCAUCGUCGGGAAAGAAGGCCGACAAGCAUCUCUCGCAGCCGACUUCUCCAUCGAGCAAUUCUGCUACCUCGUCAAGUUACUAGUCUGGCACGGAAGGAACAGCUACAAGCGUAGUGCAAAGCUCUCCCAAUUCGUCAUCCAUCGUGGUCUCAUAAUCAGCAUCUGCCAAACCGUGUACAGCAUCGCCUCGCGCUUUGAACCGAACGCUCUCUACAUGGACUGGCUCCUCGUCGGCUACUCAACCGUCUACACAAUGGCACCCGUCUUCUCCCUCGUCCUCGACCGUGACGUCGACGAAUCAGUUGCAAACCUCUACCCCGAGCUCUACGCCGAACUCAAAUCCGGCCGCUCCCUAUCCUACAAGUCCUUCUUCAUCUGGGUUCUCGUAUCUGUGUACCAAGGCACCAUCAUCCAAGGCCUCUCACAACUCCUUGUCGGCGUGGGCACGGAUGCCGAAGAUCCAGUGUUCAAGCGCAUGGUCUCCGUGUCUUUCACCGUGCUCGUUAUGAACGAACUCAUUAUGGUAGCCAUGGAAGUUACCACUUGGCAUUGGAUUAUGAUCGCUUCGAUUGUGGGGACCGCGGGGAUCUAUUUCGGAAGCGUGCCGUUCUUGCAGAGGUAUUUUAUGCUGGAGUAUUUGAUGAGUCCGGGAUUUUGGUGGAGGUUUGCGGUGGUGGCGGCGAUUAGUCUCAUCCCGCCGUAUGCGGGCAAGAUUUUGGGGAGAACAUUAAGGCCGCCAAGUUAUAGGAAAGUUAGGGGGAUUUAGUCUUGUUGGAUGAAAGGGGGAAGUGUGGACCAGAGAAUGGAUGGCGUUUGGGACGGCUUGUUUUGGUUGAGGCAUAGCGUGUCAUCGUUUUUGUACUCCCUACGUUUGAAUCAAAUCAGACUUCAGGUUCUUGGUCAGGUUUUCUAUUUCUGGUCCAGUGACGUGGACAGAAUGGUGUUGAAUCGCAAUGAAGAGCAUCGUCACAUUGCUACCAUUCUCACUCAGCAUCACCAUCAUCGACAUUUAUAUCUAGAGUCCAGACGCUUUAAGAAC